UGUUGACAUGUUACUCACCUUAGAAAUGUAGCAUUAAAUGAUCAAAAUCUUUUAAUUGAUACGUUCCUGACUACAAUUAAAUAUACAUGGACCGGUGUGUAUAUAGUAUUUUCAUCUUCAUUCACUAGUUUGCAGAGUGCUUUGGUGUGUCUAGUCUUUUCAUCCCUCGUGCUGUUGAGUGCAUCAGUUUGCUGUAUAGUACAGCAGCGCCAACCUAUCCCUAGUGGAGUGAUCUUAUCAGUCAGAUUGAGUUACUGGAUUGAAUGUGGUGUUUGAGUAUAUUGAGAAUUGUGUAUGUUCUUUAUUUUGGAUUUUCCCUAGUUAUGACCUCUCUCUUUCUCACCUCACCUGUAUAAAUAUUUAUUGUACAUUUACUCUAAUUGUGUUCUCUCUGCUCUCUCAUUCCCUUCUCCCUGGCCACUAAACUAGAUUCUUCCUCUCCUAUGUCAACACUCACGGCACCAUCCUCUGCUAAAACCGCAAUGGUUUUCAACGCCAUGGACUCUGAAGACACCAUCACCCACCGUCAUCAUCAACGGCGCAGAGGAACCAAAUCCUCUCUUUGCUUCAUGGAAAAGACAAGACAGAAUGAUUUACAGUCUGUGGAUGUCAUUCUCGGUUCACCGGUGGACCAUGAAGAUCUUCUAGACAUCAUCACAGAUGGUCUUGGAGAUAAAUAUUGAGAUGUCGUUGAGAUGGUUAACGGUCGUGACAUCCCGAUAACGCUAGCUGAGCUCCGCGAAAGGCUCAUGGAAAUGGAACAUACCCUCCUCACAACUGGUGUUACCUCCUCUGCCUCGAGCUCGUCGACUCAUGUAACUGUGAGUGUGAAGGGUCAGGACGAGGAGGAACAUAGAGUGUUUUGGAUGAGAAGGAACGAAAAGAUGCGUAAAGUGAUGGAACGGUACAAUGAUGCGAGAGGUGCGGAGUGGAGAACAUAUGUUUUCUUAUCCGAGGAAGGCUCGAACAUAUGUGAGGAUAAAACACCUGAUGAGAUGGAGCUUAAGGAUGGAUAUCAAAUCGACGCAAUGCUGCAUCAGCACGAGGGGUUUGGUCCAUCCUCUAUAAUGUUUUGAGUUGAGUUUUGUGACAAAUGUAUCACGGGACACAGAUAGCUCAUCAUAGUUUAUGCAUGUAAUGCAAGAAAGAAACAAGAUCUGUUUAUGUAGCAAGUUUUGAAUCGAAUCAAAAGCUGCAAACUUUGAUGAAAUUAAAGUAACUAAGGGAUUAGGGAAUAUGCUUUCUGUAUAAUAUAAGUAUUUAUGUUCAAU